UUCCUGUGACGCGGAGAAAUUUUAAACUCUCGUCCUUCUCAGUGAUGGCGGCUUCGUUUCGUACUCUCCCUACGAGCUGUAAUAACAAAUGGUACUACACACGACAGCAGAUCGACAACAGCCCAUCUCGGCGAGCUGGACUUGAUCCCGACAAGGAGCUGUCCUACAGGCAACAGGCGGCGAACCUGCUCCAGGACAUGGGACAGCGGCUCAAUGUCUCCCAACUUACAAUUAAUACAGCCAUUGUGUACAUGCAUCGAUUCUACAUGGUCCAGUCUUUUACCAGAUUUCACAGAAAUGUCAUUGCUCCUGCCGCGCUCUUCCUCGCUGCAAAGGUUGAGGAGCAGCCCCGAAAGCUGGAACAUGUUAUCAAGGUGGCCCAUGCAUGCCUCAAUCCUCAGGAGCCUUCACCAGAUGUACGCAGUGAUGCCUACCUGCAACAAGCCCAAGACCUGGUCAUUCUUGAGAGCAUAAUACUCCAGACCUUGGCUUUUGAAAUCACUAUUGACCAUCCGCAUACUCAUGUUGUCAAGUGCACUCAGCUUGUCAGAGUUGUUCCAGCGAGUAAGGAUCUGGCCCAAACAUCAUACUUUAUGGCUACCAACAGUCUGCACUUAACCACGUUCUGCCUGCAGUAUAGUCCGCCCGUUGUGGCCUGUGUGUGCAUCCAUCUCGCCUGCAAAUGGUCCAACUGGGAGAUCCCUGUGUCUACAGACGGCAAACACUGGUGGGAGUAUGUUGAUACCAAAGUCACCCUGGAACUGCUGGAUGAGCUCACGCAUGAGUUCCUGCAGAUUUUGGAGAAAACACCCAGCCGGUUGAAACGGAUUCGCAAUUGGAAGGCUGGAGGUCAGACACCCAAAGCUAAGCCAAAAGUCCAAGAGGAGGGUGACCAGAGGGACACCAUGAUGAGCAUGAUCUCUAUGGCUUCAUCAGAGAGUACUGUGGCAGGCCUAAUGAGCCUCUCAGCUCCGCCAUCCACCUCUUCUUCCUCAUCCAUGGGUGAUAAGGGUGCAUCUGGCAGCGCUCAGACUUGGAGUGGAAAAGGUCAGGCUGGAUCUGAGCAGCAGCAGCAGCAGCAGCAGCAGCAGCAGCAGCAACAACAACAACAGCCGCAACAGCCGCCGCAGCAGCAGCAGCAGCAGCAGCACCCCAACCACGAGGUCCACGCCCCGGCUAAGGUAUCACUGAGUGAGUACCGUGCCAAGAACGCAGACGUCCUGGCUGCCCAGAAAAGGAAGCUGGAGAACAUGGAGGCCAGCGUGAAGAGGGACUACGCAAAUGCUGCCCAGGCUCUAAUUGGUCAGCAGCAGAGGAAGGAGAAGCAGCAGCAGCAGCAUCACCAGCAGCAGCAGCAGCAGCAGCAGCAGCAUCACCACCAGCAGUCCAGCUCCUCCUCCUCUGACAUGUCCAGUCCUUCACCAAUCAUUCUGAAAAUCCCCCUGGAGAAGGAGAGGCACGAUAGGAGCUCUCUGAAAAUGCGUUUCCCCGUAGCAGGGGGAGGAGGCAGCGGGCACAGCAGCAGCACCCGAGGUCAGGAUCAGGACAUCAAAGUCAGAAUACGAGUGCCUGAGAAGACAAGGGGAAGCUCAGGAGAGGAGGGCAAGAGCAGGGACAAGCACAGGGAAAGGUCCAAUCAUCACCACAAUCAUCACCACCACCACCACCAUUCCUCUUCUAGCAGUGCCUCACUUUCCUCUUCACAUAAACAUUCAUCUAGCUCCAGUGGGGCAGUGGGAAGCAGCAAAAAAGUCUCCAGCGACUCGUCUAGAACGAGCUCUUCAUCCUCUUCCACAUCACGCAAGAGGACACACUCCCAGGAUCCCACAGCAGGCUCUCACCCUGCCUCAAAAGUCAGCAAGUCCUCUAGGAAUCCCUACCAGCUACCGUCCCUGUCUUCCUCCGCUGGGCAAACUCUGGGGCACGGUCCUGACAUUCUUCCAGCCCUGGGCCUUCCCCAUCACCAAGGGAGCUAUUCGCACUCCAAAAGUGACAAGACAGACACUAAUGGGCAUGGUGCAGCGGGCGGAGCCCAGUCGAACGAGUACCAGGACACUUUUGAAAUGCUAAACUCUCUUCUGAGUGCACAGGGGGUCCAGCCGUCCCAGCCGUCUGUGUUUGACUACAGAUCCCAAUAUGGGGACUAUCGGUACGGCGGUGGCUCCAGAGGGAACAACCCCAGACCCCCACCCCUGCCUUCAGAACCACCUCCACCGCUGCCACCGUUACCCAAAUGAGUCCCUGAUCAAGAGAUGUUGUUAUGUACAUUGUGCUUGACAUCACAAACAUCCAUCUUGUUACAUGUAGUAUUGUUUUUUUUUUUUUUAACUCACCCAAUGUUUUUUAAUGGGCUUCGGUGUGACAGCAGAGAAAUGUAUUGGUGAGAAAAAUGAGUUCUUCUUUUUACAGUUCACUUGUGGGGCAAUAAUAAGAGGCUUGAAAAGCUUGCAAAAAGUCAGAAAAAAAAAUACAGGAAAGUGUAGAUAAUGUUUUUUUUUUAUUAUUCUUAAUUCAAAUGAAAUGUGAUUAUGGGACCUGUUUUAGUGGAAGUCAUUGUCUUGAAAUCAUGAGGAAACUAAAAGAUUUCCAUCACAUACCUGUUUGGUCUUCUUACCGAUUCUCUUUUACAAUGUUUUUAUAGUAUGUUAUUUAUUAAUUGAAUACUUUAAAAAAAAAAAAAGU